UUUGUUGCCGGAGAGGUGCGUUCACUGGUGCUGUGUGGACGUCUCAGCGCUCUGUUCACUCUUUGCUUGUCCAAAAGUCAUGGAUGAACCAACCCGUGAACAAACAUACAGUGUUUGGUCAUUCAGUCUGUCAACGCGGCGCGACUGUGACAAAGAAAUCACUGCAGCUGUGGAAUAAUUCCAACAGGAGAGGAGAGGAAAUAUUGACAGGUUGAGUGAUCAGAUUUGGAGUCCAAAGCAAAGCAGAGUGGACCUCCACACUGUCACCCUCCAGUCUCCUGUGGUCAGCCCCUCGAAACUGGUUUCAAAAUGGCCUCAAGACAGGGAGGCAUUCCAGCACUUGAGCCUGGCACGUCAUCCGGACCCUUUGGUGCCUUUUCGUCUCCCAUUGGAAUGACUCGGCACAAUAUCAGCUAUGACGAGCACAUGGAUGCCCCCAUGCAUUCACCACCUCCAGACAUGACUGUCAACACCUUAUGGAAAGACCCUGUCAUCCCACAGCACAAGUUCAGAAACACUGCAGAGGAAGGCGAGAGUGGUGGGAAGUUGCUGACUUUUGAGGCAGCAGCGCCAGCUAAGUCCCCAGUGCCUGUUGUGAAAGCCAAAGCCACCUCUUUAAUGAGCUCACUUAUGAUCAAGCACACCCAGGAGAACCUACAGAAGUUUGAGCACCAGGCAGGGCUGACAGAUGCUGGGUAUUCUCCCCACAAGGGGCUCUCUGCGGAGGACACACGCUUUCACCGAUUAGGUGACGGCACACUGCCAAAGUUGAGAAUGCCAAGCGGGGACUUCAAGGAGGACAGGCUUACAACAUCAGCACAAUCCACCCCAAGUGGCACCCCGUCUGUCACCCCCUCCGUCACCCCCUGUGUUAGUCCCCAUACAUCACCGGCUCUUAGUCGCAGGAGCUGGCUGCAGCUCAGUUCUGCGCCUUUUCUUGCCACCCCAGAGCUCAACAGUCCCAACCCCAGCUCAGACAUGGGAGGAAAUGAGGGAGGAGGAGGAGAGAGGUGGAGCUUCUUUGGAACUCGGUCUGUGGUGCAGAAGUCCCCCACUGACCCAGGCUCUGACACCAGCACAGGCUUCUCACUGCAGUCCUACUUUGGCAUGCAGAAGUCCUCUACUAUGGAUGGCACCAACAGCCAGGUCAACUUCAAGGUGGAGGACCCUGCUAAAUUCAUGCCCCCCAAAAUUGAAAUCUCGGGCAUUGAGGCCAAGCAGGUGCACCCACGGCCACACAAACUUAAACCUCGGGACAUGAAUGUUUUAACACCUUCAGGCUUCUGAAGCAAGACCAGCUGUGUAGUUACACUUCUGUACCACAUCUGAAUCUGUUUGCUCAUUUGUUUUCCUGCCUUCCACUGUUCCCUCCACCACCCUGCAAAUUCACUGAGGCUGAGAAGAAUGAGGACCACCUAUAGUAUUAGCUCAUCAGCCCCAGAGCCAUCACCGCACUGUUACUCCUCCCUUGACCUAAUUAGUUGGAUUGCUAUCUUCUAUUAGUUCACACCAUCCCCUUCCUAUCUCUUCCAACUCAUUGGCCAAAAUAUAACACUGUAUAAAGUAACUUCAAUUGUCAUUCCUCAAGAUGGCACUGCUUUGUAUUAUUAUUAUUGUUGUUCUGCCACGUAACGGGUACAUUGGCAUGCAUUGCCUUGCUGUCCUCAUUCCAUUGUCAGUGAUGGCAUGAGAUUGAAGUUGUUGAAAUAUCUUGUCAGUCCUUCGCUCAAGCUAGUCACUUUAGCAUUGCUUCUCAUACUAAAACUGACCAGCUAUUUCAAUUCAUAAUGCUCAGUUGCCUCAUUUGUAUUGUAAUUUUAUUAUUUUAAAUAAGCUCACAGAUUUGUAGUUGUGUAGUGCUUUUCUGUUAGCAUGCAGAGUAUAGUGAGUAUAGUAUGACUGAUAUUGUGCCUGAACUUGCAGUGUGUUUGCGUUUGGCAUUCUUACCAUCUAAGCUCGCCUUUUGUUUUGUUUUUUUUUGUUUUUAUUGUGUGGAAGAGCAUCUUAAUUUACUUUGUGAGAGUAUGACUGCUGACCUGAAGUGAUUUUUUUAUUUUUUUAUUUUUUUUAUUAUUAUUUCAACUUUUCAUCAUUGUUCAUUUCAACAUUGUUCAUUCUAAAUAGUUAGUAUGUUGGGUUUAUCACAUUUUUAUAGUAAUUCAUUACAUGCAUCGAGAUAUUGUUUCAACAUGCUAUAAAAAUACAAAGCAUUGAAGUGGUCAUUUUCAAUUUUGCAUUUUCUGUGCCACAAUCCAAGAAUCCCUGCUGUUUUAUUUGGAAAAAAAUAGAUGAAUUCCAGUAAGAAAUUGCACAAGGGAGAUCGUCUCCCACUUACAGCUGUAAAUAAAUCUGAUACUAACAAGCAAAAA